UCUCUUAGAUUUUCUUUCGUGGGAAAGACAAGCAACUUACCAGGGUAAUGUACAGGUCUUGAUCUCAUAUACUUGCAGCAAUGGGCAGACUGGGGUUCUUGACAAGAAUGUAGGGCAGAUCCCUAUUAUGGUCAAGUCUGAUGCUUGCAACAUUGCCAACUUAAAGCCAAAAGCACUUGUAGCAAGAGGAGAAGAGCCUGAAGAAAUGGGAGGAUAUUUCAUUGUAAAUGGUAAUGAAAAAGUCAUCCGUCUUCUAAUUCAGCAAAGAAGAAAUUAUCCAAUGUGUUUAUGUCGAGGCUCGUGGAAGAAUCGAGGCCCUGAGUAUACAGAAUAUGGUGUGUCCAUUCGAUGUGUUAGAGAGGAUCAGACUUCCAAUAAUCUGACUCUUCACUAUUUGCAAAAUGGAACAGCUAAACUCAGCUUUGGUCUCAACAAAGAAGUGUUUUUCAUUCCUGUUGUUUUGGUGCUGAAGGGUUUAAUUGAUGUCUCUGAUAAGUAUAUCUAUGAUGAACUUAUUCGAGGCAGAGAAGAAGAUUCAUUUUUGAAAGGGCGAGUUAUCUACAUGCUUAGACAGGUCAUGUCUGAGGGUCUUAUUUCUCAAAUGUCAGUCUUGCAGUACAUUGGCCAGAAGUUUCGUGUCAAGAUGUCAUUGCCUGAUUGGUACACCAAUGAAGAUGUUGGGAGAGCCCUCUUUAGGCAAAGUCUGUGCAUUCACCUGAAAAACAAUACAGACAAAUUUAAUCUGAUAGUAUACAUGACACAAAAGCUUUUUGCAUUUGUAAAUGGGGAGUGUGCUGCGGAGAAUCCAGACAAUCCAAUGUUUCAAGAACUGUUGUUGCCAGGUCAGCUUAUGCAAAUGGUGUUGAAAGAAAAGCUUGAGGUAUACUUGCUAGGCAUGAAGACAUCCAUGCUGAAGUAUGCUCGCAAGAAAGGCCAAUCUUUACAAAUGAAUCAAGCUGAGGUGAAAGAAGCAGCCAAACAUGUACCAUCAAUUUCACGUGCCAUGGAGUACCUGCUUUCUACUGGAAAUCUCAUCUCUCGCACAGGACUUGGACUGAUGCAGAGUCGUGGCUUUACUGUGAUUGCUGACAAGCUGAACUUCUUUCGAUAUUUGUCACAUUUUCGAUCUGUACACAGAGGUUCAUUUUUCACAGAAAUGAGGACAACCUCAGUGAGGAAGUUGUUGCCGGAAGCUUGGGGGUUUUUGUGUCCGGUGCACACACCUGACGGAGCUCCGUGUGGCCUGCUCAAUCACAUGUCAGCCAGUUGUAAGGUUGUUUGUACAGAAUUUCCAACAGAAAGGCUGGGUCACAUUCUUACAGAGUUAGGGAUGUCCCCAUUAUCGUCUCCCAACCCUUGGCCUAUUGAUGACUGUUACAUUGUCAUUUUGGAUGGAAGAGUCAUGGGCUAUGUUAAUGCCUGGACAGUAGAAACUUUCAUCAGCACUCUCAGGACACUGAAGGUGAAAGGCAGAGGGGAGGUUCCGUUUGUCCUGGAGAUUUGCUUUGUGAAGAAGACUGGUGUUGCCAGCCAGUACCCAGGAGUUUACCUAUUUUCAAAUGUGGCCAGAAUGGUGCGACCAGUGCUGAACAUCAACGCUGAUGCAAUUGAGAUGAUUGGGACUUUUGAACAGGUGUACUUAGACAUAGCCAUCAACAAGAGCGAAGCAUACCCUGGGGUGACAAGUCAUUUGGAAUUGAAUGAACAGGGUAUGUUGAGUGUCAUUGCUAGCAUGACUCCAUUCUCAGACUUCAACCAGAGUCCACGUAACAUGUAUCAGUGUCAGAUGGGCAAGCAAACAAUGGGCACCCCUUUACAUGCCUACCCUCGCCGAGCUGACAACAAACUGUACCGAAUACAGACUCCACAGAGCCCGCUGGUUAGACCGUCUACUUAUGAGUCAUACAACUUUGAUGAGUACCCUCUAGGUACCAAUACCAUUGUUGCAGUGAUUUCCUACACUGGUUAUGACAUGGAAGAUGCUAUGAUACUCAACAAAUCAUCUUUUGAGAGGGGAUUUGCCCAUGGUUGUAUCAUCAAAUCAGAUGUAAUUGAUCUCCGAACAGUCAAUCGUGAAUACGGGCCUAAAGCAUUUGUAUUUGCUUGUACGCCAGACAAAAAUACAGGCAGCCUGAAUGAGGAUGGCUUGCCUCCAGUAGGUGCUAAAUUAAAAGAUGGAGAUCCAUAUUAUUGCUACAGAAAUUUGAGUACUGGUGAGCAAACUGUUGUCUGUUACAAGGGACUGGAAGAUGUUGCUGUUCUACAAAUAAAACUGUUAGGGGAGGAAAUUGGUUCUGAGCAAAUGAACCAUGUCUGCAUUAUGCUGAGAGUAACGAGAAAUCCUACAAUAGGAGACAAAUUUUCUAGUCGUCACGGACAGAAAGGCAUUUGCAGUAUGCUGUGGCCAACAACAGACAUGCCAUUUACAGAAAGUGGAAUGGUCCCAGAUAUCAUUUUCAACCCUCACGGAUUCCCAUCUAGAAUGACAAUUGGUAUGAUGAUUGAAAGCAUGGCAGGCAAGGCUGGAGCACUUCAUGGCUUAUAUCUAGACGCCACUCCAUUCACGUUCUCAGAAAGUCAGCCAGCUAUAGAUUAUUUUGGUCAGAUGUUGACAGCAGGUGGCUACAACUACUACGGCACAGAACGACUGUACAGUGGAAUAACAGGCCAGGAACUGGAAGCUGACAUUUACUUUGGGGUUGUUUACUACCAGAGGCUGAGGCACAUGGUUUCAGACAAGUUCCAGGUGAGAACCACAGGUCCUGUAGACCAAGUGACACAGCAGCCGGUCAAGGGCAGGAAACGAGCUGGUGGUAUUCGUUUUGGUGAGAUGGAGCGUGAUGCUCUUAUUGCCCAUGGGACGAGUUUCUUGUUGCAGGAUAGGUUGUUUAACUGUUCUGAUAAAUCCAAGACUUUUAUCUGCACUGCAUGUAAGACGAUACUUUCUCCAUUACUGGUGCAGCAGUCUGAGGACGGGGAGGACAAAAGCCAAGGAACAAGGUUCUGCCGUCAAACCAUCUGCCAGCACUGCCAAAAUAGGGAUGCCAUACAACAAAUUUCUGUCCCAUAUGUCUUUCGGUAUCUGGUGGCAGAGUUGGCCAGUAUUGGCAUCAAAGUGAACCUGGAAGCCAAAGAAAAUGUGUGA